AUUGUCUUUUCCUCUUAAUAAAUUACUAAUUAAAUAUUAAUUUAAGUUUGGGUUAUUACAUGAGUAGUGGGCCCACUGAGGCAGUUUGCUUUAUCACUAUUGUCUUUCACUCUUUUUCGUUUCUUUUAUUCAGUAUUCAAAAACGACCCCGUUUGGGCAAAGUAAAAAUAGGGUAUCACUAUCAGGAUAUCUUCUUCAUUUGCAAAGCAACGCCGCAACCUCCAUUUAUUACACUGCCUCUGCAACUUUUCAUCUGCUAAUUGAGCGGUGCACUACGUAGGAGGACCCCAUCAUCGAGGUGAUUGUUGGAGCUUCCAGGCAAUGGCCUUGCUUCGCCAGUCACACAACGCUUUCUCUGCAACCUUUCAAAAAUUCCCCGCCGUGUCUUGACCAUGAGUUUGCCGUGUCAGGAGUCUCUUGACUGUAUCCAAAGUGUUGACCCGUGUCCAAGGCAUGUCAGAGGCGUAUCUGCGCCCUGUCCGAGUGUCCAAGUGUCGGACACGCCGACACUUCAGCUCACUACCCUGUCCGUGCAACAUAUCAAGAGGCACGAGGAAAUCACUUUCUGAGAAAUUGCAUCCGAAAGUGACCUAUCAAUAUAUGAUGACGUGUAUGUGUUUGCAUGUUCAUGCGCAUAUAGGAACAGAAACAAAUUUUCAAUUGUGGGAGCCACCUAGCUAUUCUCUGCAUAUUGACGUAAAAGAAACAACAUUAUCAUCUCUUAAAAGGAAUUUUGAUAUCAAAUUCAAGGUUUCACACUGGAAAGGUAAUUUACUUCUAGAAAAGAGGAAUUUUGAUAUCAAAUUCAAGGUUUCACAAUGGAAAGGUAAUUUACUUCUAGAAAACGGUGGUCAAGACUCACCCAUGAAUGCGUCUGUGUGUGUACCACCUAAUUAUUUAAAAUUAAAAACAUAUUAUUCUUGCACGUCUCCCCCCUCUCCCCCACCUCCUCCUCCCUUUCUACUCUAUGGAUCUCUUCUUUGUCUCCUCUCUCUCUCAGCUCUCACCACACCCACACCACUAGCCGACAAAGCAAACCCCAUCACAACGUCUUCGUUGCUUCCGCGAUCAUUUUCCUAGAUAUAAUCCCGUUACGAUUUUCUCGUGUGUUGAUGUUGUGAUUGGAAGGAAUGAUGUGAGAAUACACUGAUUCCUUCAAUUGGAAGAGAACCAGCAGGAUGGUUUGACCGUGGCAAGUAAUUAGGGAAUUGUAGCCCUGGGGUGCGAGGCACCAAACCAUUUAGAAAUCUAAGUGUCGCCAUUACAAUGUUCAUAAGGGUAACACAUAGUUACUUCAUGACUUCGGCGUGAAUUCGUGAACAUGCAACGUGGCAUUUUAGAUGGUGUAGGUGUUUGUGAGUUGGGAGAGUCUAGCGUAUGUAUGUGGACCGAUUUUUCCACUUUUUUAGACCUGCAGCUUUUUUGUUCUUUGGACCUUGAAUCUGGACUGGUUUGUCAAUGCCCCUAAUAAUAGACCCCUUUAGGUUAUUCAGAAUCUGGACGCGAAUCUUGGGUUGUUGCAAGGGAGAAAUUUUCCUUCUGCUGGGAGUGAUUAACUGUGUAUUGCCCCAUGCAUGUCCUUUCAAGAUGAGACUCAGAGGACAUGCAUUUCCUUUCGGCACCUAGCUUUUCUCUGCAUAUUGACGUAAAAGAGGCAACAUCAUCAUCUCUUAAAGGAAUUUUCAUCUCAAAUUCCUGAAAAGGUAAUUUACUUCUGAAAGACGGUGGAAAUUUCAGGGGUUCACACUGUAGUUCACCCUAACCCAUGUUUGGUGCAUUAGAAAGUCUCCCUUCGUGAGGCUAUGGUAACGAUUAUAAAUACACAAUUAAUGCUUGUAUCUUGAGAUAUCAGACAAGCAUAUAUACUUCACCAGUUUUGGUUGUGCCUUUAUCUUUGUCUGAAUACUUGUGCUUCUUCGUCUUGAAUUGAUCAUGACUCUAACUAACAUGGUUGGAGUAAGGUGCUGCUUCAAACUCCUCUAUGCAAUUGUGGUGCUGAUUUUACUACACAUGAACAAUCCUUGCAUUGGAUGCAUCGAGAGGGAAAGGCAAGCACUCCUUGCACUUAAACAAGGUCUCGUGGGUGACUACAGCGAUCGCCUCCUUUCCUGGGAAGGAGAAGAUUGCUGCGAAUGGGAUUGGGUCCACUGCAGCAAACAAACUGGCCAUGUUGUUCAGCUUUAUCUUGAAGAACAAUCUUCGCGAGGUAAGAUUAGUCCUAAACUCAUUGAGUUGCAGCAUUUGCAAUAUUUGAGCUUUAGUGGGAAUAAUUUCAGUCGGAGCCAAAUUCCAGAUUUCAUUGGAUCUCUGAGCAAUUUAAUAUACCUCGAUCUCUCUAAUGCAAAUUUUGGAGGUUUAAUUCCAUAUCAACUUGGAAACCUUAGAAACUUGCAUUAUCUCGAUCUUGGGUGUCGAUAUCAUCCUUCUUGCUCUACUUAUUCUAUUUAUGCAAAAAAUCUCUAUUGGCUUCCUAAUCUUUCUCGUCUAAAAUACUUGGACCUAAGUGUCGUUAAUCUUAGUGAUGUUGUUGGUUGGCUGGAAGCAGUUAAUAUGCUUCCUAAACUAACAGACUUGAGAUUACCGAUGUGUAAUCUUCCUCCUCCAGUUAUAUCCUCUGUUUCUCUCUUGAAUUCUUCUAAAUCUCUUGUUCAUGUCGAUCUCUCCGAAAACAAUCUUAACUCAUCAGUCUUCCAAUGGUUGCCCGGUACUUAUACCAACCUUGUUUAUCUUGAUCUCUCGGAAAAUAAAUUGGGUGGAAGAAUACCUGAAAGUAUUGGACAGAUGUCCAAUCUGGAGGUUAUCUAUUUGAGAAUGAAUUCUCUUGAAGGAGUAAUUUCAGAAACUCAUUUCUCGAAACUCUCCAAAUUAAGCAUUUUGGAUUUAUCCUCUAACUCACUAGUUUUAAACUUCAGUUUUGAUUGGGUUCCUCCCUUUCAAUUGCGUGAUAUAAGAUUGGGGUCUUGUAAGAUGGGGCCGUAUUUCCCGAAAUGGCUUCAAACUCAGAGAAGUUAUUACCGGCUGGAUAUUUCUGAUGCUGGAAUUUCUGAUACCAUUCCAACUUGGCUUCGUGGUUUGCGAAAUGAAGUCGGGCAUAUGGAUUUGUCCAACAAUCAACUCAGAGGAAAUUUGAGAUCAGAGUUAGCAGUUAAUUUAAAUGUGAGUUGGAACCAAUUGGAGGGUCCAAUCCCUUCAAUCCUAUCACUCCCUUCAAUGCUAACACAAGGAGGAUCAUUUCUAGAUCUCUCCAAUAAUAAUUUUUCAGGAUCAGCUUCAUUUUUGUGUACAACCGAGGUGAGAAAUUUAAGCUAUCUUGAUCUCUCAAGCAACCAUGUAUCCGGAGAACUUCCAGAUUGCUGGAUCCAUUUUCAACAAUUAGUCUUUCUUGAUUUGAGCAACAACUCUUUAUCUGGGAAAAUUCCUACCACGAUGGGAUACUUGUUUCGUAUGGAGACACUAAGGGCCAGUUUGGCAUUGCUGUGCUGUGAAAAUAAUCGCUGUCAUAUUUGCUGUGAGAGAAAUCAACUGUGAGACAAAGCAG